CAUGACGACAAUCUGCAGGGUCUGAACAUGAGGCAAAUCUGGAUGGAUAGGGCAGAGCCACGGCAAUAAGUUUCCAAUGGUUGUAAAUGCAUCAGACUGGUUUGCCCUGACUGCGGGCCCAGAGCUGGAGCCCUGCCAUAACUACACUGAAGCUUGGCUGUGGCUGUCCUCCCUGCAGCCGGCCUACCUGGGUUUGAUCAGUUUCAUAGGGUUGUUGGGGAACAGCCUGGUUCUCAGCGUGUUCUGCCUGCAGAGGAAGGCCUGCACUGUGGCCGAUGUCUACCUGGGGAACCUGGCAGCUGCUGACAUGAUCAUGAUGUCCUGCCUCCCUUUCUGGGCUGUCAACAUCGCCCAAGGUUUCCAGUGGGAUUUUGGAGAGGUCCUUUGUAAGCUAGUCAACGUGGCCAUCUCUAUGAACUACAUCUGCAGUGUUCUGUUCCUCAUGCUGGUCAGUGUGGACCGCUACCUUGCGCUGGUGAAGCCCAUGAACCCCAGCCGUCUGAGGAGAGCCGCCUGGGCCAAGCGUAUCUGCGUGGGGAUCUGGAGCCUGGGCUUUUUCUUCAGUCUACCCAUCCUGCUCUACCGCACAGUGUCAUACAUAGAGAAUCCCGGUGUGCAUGCCUGCAUUCUGGCAUACCCGCACCCAGCAUGGCAGUUGCACCACAACAUCACCGGGAACGUGCUGGGCUUUCUAAUCCCUGUUCUGGUAUCGGCUUACUGCACUCGUCACAUUGUUGUUGCGUUGAACGACCGGGGAGCCAGAAGAUUCCCAGGGGUGAGGGCAGAGAGGAAGGCCACCUACCUGGUCCUGACCGUGCUGGCUGUCUUCCUCUUCUGCUGGACACCACACCAAGUGAUGCGGUUUCUUGACACUCUGGAUUACUUCCAGGUCACGCCUGGAUGCUUCUGGGGUCAUGUCCUGGACAUCGGCAUACAGCUGUCCACAUAUCUGGCGUACAGCAACAGUGCUGUUAACCCCUUCCUGUUUGUCAUUGUGGGGAAGCACUUUAGGAGAAAGGCCAAGGACGUGUUUGGAAAAACUUUGAAACCCUUGUCAAAAGACACGACCUAUGUGAGUGUCAGCUUCACUUCGGUGAAUAGACUCAAUGAAACACAGCGUAUAAGUAUUGAAAAACUUGAAAAAUUUGGACCAUAACAACUAUAUGAUGACCAGUGGCUGCAGGGACCUCUUCGGUAGUUACACACUAAACUGUGAUUAAAACGUGAAUGCACUGAAAAUGUUAAUUUUGAAAUAACACUGUACUAUUAACACUUGAUUAGAGUUGUUUAAUAGUAUUUUCCUGCUGUGCAUAUUAAGUUGAUAUUGUGAAAUUGUUUACAAACAGUCGCUUAUUUUUACAUCCGGCAGACACAGAGAAACAUUAGCCUUCAUUCAUUCCAAAAACUUGGAAAAAGAAGUGUGUAUCUGUGAUCUGAUGGCCAGCAGGCACCGCAGGACCUCAGUUGGUAAUCCAACAACGUGCGGAGAUGCGCAUGCAGCCGAAGUCCAACGUUCACUCUUCUUUGAGCUGUUGAGGUCUCCACUAACUCCUGAGAAAAAUAUCUGGUUCUUUAGCUGCUAAAUGCUCCACUAUGGUCACCACUUAGUCUCUAACUUUGUCUGCUGUUUAAUUCGGCGCAGGUAGAGUACAGUGGGCUUAUCAGAGCUAUCUUGCUGAAAACAACUAACUGCGGGAAAUUCGGCUGAUGAGAGCUGAGUCUGCAUGUUAAUAAAAUCAGAACAAAUAGCUAAAGGAACCUGAAAAGGUCUGUGGAACAGAGUGGAGCUGCAGAGUUGGUGAUGAUUCUCUGUGGUUUGCUUGAGGGUGAAGGAUUUCCUGUAUUUUUAGAUUUAAAAAAAUGCUGAUUUGUGCAGCUUUAAGUAAAGCGUCUGAGCCAACAAGGCAUGCAUUGAUCUGGAAUGUUCAAGAUGAUUCUUGUUGAGUUUUUAAUCCAGAUUACUGGAGGCCCUAUGCCCCAGUAAUGCCAAGGGAUUUAUUAGAACAAAUAGUCCACUUGGCUCUGUGUCUGUGCCCUCUUUCCCGCUCCCUUGUCUUAUUACCUUUGUCAUUAUUUUGUUGAUGUGAUGAAAAAUGUUAUUACCUUCAAAAGACUCAUUUCCAGUGGAAAAUCUUGAAGAUUUAUGAUGUAAUUGAUGCUAAAUAACUGCUGUCGAGCUCUGAAGAUGAAUCCCAAUGUGAUCUAUGAAACCUUCCAUUGUCUCUGAGCUUCUUCUGUCUAUCACUAAGUCCAUCAUUAUGAAGCCAAACUAUUCAUAACCUGCACUAUCAAGAGAACUUCUUGCGGUGCGAUUAAACUGAAGAAAGGUCACAUUGUUCUUUAAAGAAAGUUGUGGUGCUUAUAAGAGUAGU